GACUAUGUCGACGUGUAUCAUCUGUCGAGAUUCGAUGUGAUUUAAAACGCUAAUAUUUCCUUGCUGAUCAUAGACUCUGGUUUGUUAUUUAUACAAAGUUACAGGUGGAACAUUGAAUACUGUCUAAAAAACAUGAUCCUGCUUGUAGUUGUAGUACUUCUGGCCCUGGUGCUCUUCAUGGCACUGCGUCGUAAAGUUGAGAGCGUGCGUUCUUGCCAACCAUCACAGCCUGGUCCAGAUGGGAAGAAACCUAUCACUGUUGGAUUCUUUCAUCCAUACUGUAAUGCUGGUGGAGGAGGAGAGAGGGUGCUAUGGUGUGCAAUCAGAGCUUUACAAACCAGAUAUCCUCAUAUUCAAUGUGUGGUUUACUCUGGAGAUACAGAAGCAACAGGAAAUGACAUUAUAGAGAAAGCUAAGCAGAGAUUCAAUAUCACCCUACCAAGGCCUGUAGAGUUUGUGUUUCUAAAGAACAGAUUCCUUGUUGAAGCAAAGACUUAUCCAUUCCUAACUCUCCUUGGGCAGAGCUUAGGAUCCAUGCUUCUUGGAAUGGAAGCCUUGUUUAAAUAUGUACCUGAUGUGUAUAUAGACACCAUGGGAUAUGCCUUCACACUGCCAUUGUUUCGCUUUCUUGCAAAGUGCAGGGUCGGUUGCUACGUCCAUUACCCCACAAUCAGCACGGAUAUGCUGUCAAGGGUUGCUGACCGAACUGCUUCAUACAAUAAUCAAGGAUUCAUUGCACGUAACCCAGUACUUAGCAAGCUCAAGCUCCUCUAUUACAAAGCAUUUGCUUUCAUUUAUGGAUUAAUGGGUGCCCGAUCGGAUGUUGUCAUGGUGAACUCAUCAUGGACAUUUGGUCAUAUCAAUGACAUCUGGGGGGCUUCCACAAACCCUAGCAUCGUUUAUCCACCAUGUGAUACCAAAGAGUUCACAAGCCUUCAGAUCAUUCCUGAUGAAGAGAAGAGCAUCAAAGUCAUAGCCUCGGUUGCGCAGUUCCGCCCUGAAAAAGACCACACGUUGCAGGUGAAAUCAUUCUCUGCUUUGAUGAAGAAAUUGAGUGAGGAAGAGAAGAUGACAGUCAAGCUGGAGCUGAUUGGGAGUUGUCGGAAUGCUGGAGAUGAGAGUAGAGUUGCCGAUCUGAGGGCGCUGUCUUCAUCUCUUGGUGUGGCAGAUCAUGUAGAUUUUCUUCUUAACAUUCCAUUUGAAGACCUGAAGUCACAUCUAGCUGGAGCCACUAUAGGAUUACACUCCAUGUGGAAUGAACAUUUUGGAAUAGGUGUGGUAGAAUGCAUGGCAGCAGGUAACAUCAUCGUCGCCCAUAACUCUGGUGGUCCUAAGAUGGAUAUAGUAGUCCCUUAUCAAGACCAGCAAACAGGAUUCCUAGCUGAUACUGAAGAGGGUUAUGCUGAUACAAUGUUGAAAAUUCUUCAGAUGACCUCCGGUGAACGGAUGAAGAUUAGACUCGCUGCCAGGAGUUCAGUCGAAAGAUUCUCGGAGAAGGAGUUUGAAAAAACUUUUCUGGCAGCAUCAGAAAAACUGUUUGAUUAAUUUUGGGGUUUGAAGAUUUUGGAUGUCUAAUUUAUUAUCUGAGCUAUAUAAUGAUAUUUCUAUUUUGAUAUAUUUUUUGGUGAAGACCUAUCAAUGAUGUACUCUGUCAAUGUUUUAUUUAAAGGAAAGUACAUCCUGAUGUCAAGUUGAUGUUAAUAAAAUCAGAAAAAUAAGAAAAACAUAUCAAAGAAUUUUGGGCUUAAGUCCAUUAAAAGAUAAUUCAAUUAUGGAAUUUUAAUGGGUUCAUUGUUGAUGUCGCAUGUACAUGUGACCGUCUUGCUCAUAUGUCAAGAAAUAUCAAAUAAGUCAAGUUCCUUUUCUCAGAUAAUUGAAACUUAUUUUACAUUUGCAAGCAGUAACGUUAGAUUCUUUAUUUCUUGCACAAUUAUAAAAAUAUAUGCAU